GAAAAUGAUAUGUGACUAUCUGAAGCCUGUGACAUACCCUGAGCAUCACUAUGUUGCCAAGGUGGAUGAACCAGUUGAUCAGAUGGUGCUUGUCAAAGAAGGAACUAUGUGGAUCUACUCGUCGAAUACUAGUACUCCAUCCAAGAUCCAUAGGACGGUUGAGAACGGUGGCAUUUAUGGAGAUGAACAACUUCUGAGUUGGGUGUCGAAGGACACGCAACACGUCUCGUUUGCAAACCUCCCGAUCUCAAAAGAAAAUGUGAAAUGUCAUACAAAAGUGGUAGGGUUUGCUAUCGCGGCCCAGGACUUGAAAGAUGUCGCCACCAAGUGCAAAAUGCUUUGGAAUUACGAUGAUCUUCGAGAGGAGAGGGUGGCGAGCUCUACCACAGGAAGGACAUUCCGUCGAAACCGCAAUAACCCAAAUAGGUCGGCUACCGUAGGAGUAGGAGCUGCGACCUCGUCAAGAACAGGAAUUGAGUAUCUGCAGAUCGAGAAAACCUAAUGCUAAUCAUGCGCCGCCCGAGCUAGUCAUGCAGUGCCCUAGUAGCUAGUCAUAUGUAGACUAAUAUUUCUGUUAUGUUCUCUGUUCAAUAAGCUAAAACUUUCUGAUUCAAGCUACUGACUUAUUGGUCCUAAUUAACUUAGAACA